ACCUUGUUUACAGUUUACUACUUGUCUUAAUUAUUAGAAUAUCAAUUAAUGUUUAUCAAGAUGUUUACUCAUAAUCUAAUAAGUAAAAAAGGGCAGCCUGGGUGACUCAUAAUCUAAUAAUAUCCAGACCGUUGGUGCAGAUAUUUUGUCAAACAAGACAGUGAUCAGGAUCCAAUGACUAUAGUACUAGUACUUCCAAGUAAGCAAAUCAUAAACAUGUGAUAGGAUAAAAGUCACUUGCUCUAACAAAAAUUCUACUACUUUUAGCUGAAGACUCCAAACUUCAAUUAUGAGUGAAGAAGGUCAUCAUUACCACCAUGGCCACCACCACCAUCAUGACCAUGGCCACCACCAUGGCCACCACCAUGACCACCACCAUGAUCACCAUCAUGACCACCACCAUGACCACCAUGAGGAUAGCCCACCACCACCACCACCACCACCAGCAAUAGCUGAAUAUGGUACUUUUCAACCACCUCCUCAAACAGUAGUUGGUUUCCCUCAGCCAGUUCCUCCACCUGGGACACUUGAACCUUCUGAAUACUAUGCUCGUGGCUAUCAGUCUGUUCCAGGUCAUCAUCACCACCACGAUGGCCAUCACCACCAUCAUGGCCACCAUCACCAGCAUGGCCCCCAUCAUGGCCAUCACCAUCGUCAUGGCCAUCAUCAUCAUCACCACCAUGAGGAUAGCCAACCACCACCACCACCACCACGGCCACCAGUAGUUGGUUUCCCUAAGCCAGUUCUUCGACUUGGAGCACUUGAACCUUCUGAAUACUAUGUUCGUGGCUAUCAGUCUGUUCCUGGUUAUGUGGUUGAUGAGAAGGGGGCUGAAAGAGAGCCUCGCCUUCCUUGCUGCGGUAUUGGUCUGGGAUGGUUCUUGUUCAUUAUUGGUUUCCUUCUUGCUGCCAUCCCUUGGUAUGUUGCUGCAUUUAUCCUGCUUUGCACCAGAUCAGUUGAUCAUCGAGAGAAACCAGGAUAUGUUACAUGCACCAUAGCUGCUGUUCUUGCUACAAUUGCCAUCAUAUUUGGGUUGACAAGGAUUUAAUCAGCAAAGUGGUGAUCAGUUUGUGUGGAGUCAUAUGAUUUGUGUACUAGCUAGGUGGCUUGAUUAAUGUGAAUUUAUUAAGUGGUGAUCAGUUUGUGUGGAGUCAUAUGAUUUGUGUACUAGCUAGGUGGCUUGAUUAAUGUGAAUUUAUUCAGAAGAUGUCUGUAAAAAAUUUCAUGUUUUUGAUUAUAUGUUUUCCAGUAUUUGAUGAAACCAUCCAAAACUCAUGUAUUGUUUGUCUAAGAUUUGGUUAUGAAGGUAAACUAACUAGUAGUAUCAA